AUGUCCGUACGAGACCCAAACUAUGUUCGAUGGUGGAUUGACCAGGCGGCAAUAUCGCCUGGGGAGGGUCUGGCGGAGUAUGCGCAGUUCCUGUCCACUCUAGACUCGCGGCCGUUUCUGAAGCGUAUCACCGUGCCCAUGCUUAUUCUCGCUCCAGCAAACAGUGUUGCAACAAAAUUGGAAGAGCAAAGAUGGAUACAGUCACAGGUAAAGGGUGCCCAAAUGGAGAUUAUUAAGAAUGGCGGACAUGAAAUCUACGUUGGGGCUUCGCAACACUGUCAAAAUGCACUGAUCAAAUUCCUCGACAGCUUGCACAACACUUGCGCAAUUUGA